AUGUACAGUAUACGCCGCACCUGGUCCAACCAAGACACAGAACGAUUAUUGCAGCUUGUCAAGAAAUAUGGUAAUAAAUGGAAGGUGUUCACAAACUACUUUCCUGGGAGAAGUGCUUUUUGCAUUCGCUCCCAUUAUUUCUCGGUAACGCAUGAUACUACCCGAUGGACAUUGGAAGAAAAGAAGAUAUUGCAGCAACAUCUUGGAAAAGAAGCAGAUCCUGAAAAGAUUGAUUGGGAGGAAAUACGAAAAUGUCUGCCGAAACGACGCACAGUUGCGCGGAUCAAGCAAUUUUGGCAAAACUCAAUACAACCUUCAUUGAAUAGAGGUAGCUGGACAAAAGAAGAAAGCGAGCAAUUAAAGAGUCUUGUAGCGAAACAUGGAAAAAAUUGGGAAUUGAUUGCAAAGGAGUUGGGUACUCGAAGUGAAGACCAAUGCAGGAACAAAUGGGCCUAUGAAUUUUCCACCAUGAAAAAAGGCGAAUUUAGUAAAGAAGAGGAUGAAGCUUUAACAAGAGCCGUAGCAAAAUAUGGCAUCAAUGAAUUUCAGAAGAUUAAGCAAGAGAUGGACAGUAAAAGGUCAAUUUCACAACUAAGGACUCGCUAUAAUAAUUUUUUGGACCCUGAUGUGGACCGAAGUCCAUGGACAAAGGAGGAGAAGGCACUUGCAAUCAAAUUAUUCCAGGAACUGAAGAAUAUUAGAGCAGUUAAAGCCAAGAUGAACAGCAAAAGAAGCAUUAGAGACAUGUAUAAUCAGUUACGAAAUAAAUAG